CACAUCAAAGGUGGCACAGGACCUUGAAACACAAGCAGGGCGUUCCAAGAUUGAAGAACUCUGGACGAGAGGCAUACGCCAUUACGGAUUUCUUUCCAUCGAGCACGCGGGACAAAACGACGGUCAGGAAUUCCACGAAAUCAUGCAGAUUCUGGCGAGCCUUCAUGCCUUGCUGCAAAUGCAACGUAGUCAGGCUGCGGAGGCAUCUUAUUUGGCCAUAGGCCUUUUCCUGGAAGACACAGCCAUCAAGGGUGCUCUAGACACCAUGAGGCAAGUAUACAUGCCGGAUUUGAUUAUUGCUCAUGGCCACAUCGGAUACGAUGACCGGCAGUUCGGGACAGACUGCAAGAUGAUCUACCCGACGCCAUUCAACUCUGAUGGGCGAUAUCGAGAAAGCCAGCUCAAUGCAGUGGCGAUGCUCGAGAACAUCAACUACGACACGACUUCCUUGGCCGUCUCGGUGGCGCUUUUCGCGCGACGUUACAAACCGGCGCACCCGGACCCUGUAACGAGUUCCGACGCCACCGGAUUCCUGCCCGGCAUGCAGUGCACAUCUUUCAGGGGCAGAUACCUGAUUCCCGUGUCUCAAUUCUGCAAAAAUAGAGACUACUUGCGCAACCGCCGUCAGGACGCCUUCUACACCGGCAGAGCAACUUUUUCCAAGAAGCGACAGUGGACUAUUCUGUACGACAAUGAGUUUACUUUGGCUGAAAAGCUCUGUCUCACCAAGGAGAGGCACCUGGGACUGAGUUACGGCGUGGCCGUCUACGGCCUCGAGUACGCCGACCACAGCGGCGGCUGUCCCCUCCUUCUGAGCGGUGCCUAUGCCCGCACGCGUCUCGCGAAGGCCCUGGUCCGUUUCUUCGAGAGCAGACCGAACGUCGACAGCAUGGCCGACUGCACGAAUAUACGCCCGGAAGCAGAAGACAGCGUUCGCAAUUAGUGCAGACGUGCAAACGUCGUGUGGAGAAAUCCCUUAUGGGCAAUUUACUUUAGUUUUGCGCGGUUUUUGAUUAACGUUAUCUGUUUAUAACAAACGUCGCUGCAUUUCGGAAUUAUAUCGAUAUCCACACAACCCGUGAGACGCGGCAAUGCCUGUGCGUUUGUUAGGUGUCGGAUUUACGAAGACGAGAUUUUUAUUAUAAGGGAUUGCGCAACAUUUGAGAAUUGAAUUAGGAUACCCACCGAGUUUGUGAAACUUCUCAAAGCUUGUACUGUUUCCCGAGUGCCGUGCUUUGAGAGGUCCCAA